CGUGUUUUGUUGUAGAGUUGGAGGAGGACUGUGUACAGCGCGGAUCAGCCAUGCUGAAGUGAAAGCGCACUUCGGGUUCCUUCUUCGUCCACCAUGAAACGGCGGAGCUUCAGGCAGCAGGAGAUCCGCGGGGUGAUCUGGGGGCUCUGAGUGUGUGUGUGUGGAGUGUGUGAGGUGUGUGUGAGGAGUGUGUGUGUGUAGAGUGUGUGUGAAGUUUAGUUGACCGAUGGCUCUGAGCUCAGGCUCCUGGCCGCACUCCGCUCCACCGGGCCCUUCCUCCACAGCGCUGCCCGGAUGUGAGGCCUCUCCGGCGGGCUGUAGCACCGUCCUCAUGUCGGUGAGGGUCUCCGUCUGCCACUCCGGGGUCCGGCCGCUGUGUCUGCCCGGCGCCAGCGACGAGGCGGUGCGGCUCCAGCUCAGCAUGGACCCGGGGAAGGCGGGGGAAUUCCGGCUGGCGCUCAGAGCCUGUGGCGGGGCAGCUGCUCCUCGAAGUGUGACCAUCGCUGAGUUUGACCUGAAGACGGUUCGAUACGAGGUUAAAACGCCGCAGAGCCACGAACUGAGCCUGGCCACGCCCCCUCACGACCGGAUCACCUUCAACUUCCGCUCCGAACAAGAAGCUCAGGCCUGGGCCACAGUGGUCAUGUCUUCCCUCCGCGAGGCUCAUCGAGUGGCCGUUGGUUCUCCUGCAGAAGACGGACAGCUCCCCCCCCAGCCUCUGGCUGCUCACAGCCCCGCCCUCCUGCCCAGCACAGUAGAGGAGCUGUGUCAGGAGCUGGUUCGGGCUAUAGAGGCGGGUGAUGGCCAGGCUGCGUCGGUAUGUGCUGAGUCUUUGGCUCGUCAGCAGAUGGCUCUGUCCAUUCAGCCCUCGCAGAAACACUACACACACUCAGAGAUCAGUUUGGCCGUGGUGGUGGAGGACGCCUCUUCUUCCUGUUGUGUCACUGUUAAAGUCUUCCCCCACACCACUAUAGCUGCUCUCAAACAGCAGGUUUUUACGGAGUACGGCUUCCACCCUCGGGUGCAGCGCUGGGUGAUCGGUCAGUGUCUGUGUGCUGAUCCGCGCUCUCUAGCGUCGUACGGCGUCCAGCGCGACGGGGACACGGCGUUUCUGUAUCUGGUGACGUCGAGGCAGGCGGGACUGAGCCGAGCGCUGGUCCAGCAGGAGCAGGAGAACGCCCUGCUCGCUCCAAACACACACACUGGAGACACGCAACAUGUAGCUAAUGGACCAGCAGCACCAUCAGCAUCAUCAGCAGCAUCAGCACACUGGAGAGCCUACAGCACACUGCCCAGCAGACUGCACCACACACAGCACAGCAACUCAGGGAGCAGUACGGGCGGAGCAGAGCGGUUAGGUCUGGGGGAAAUCCGUGAGCUGAUCAACCUGGAGAUGCCACAGCUGAACGAAGCUCUGGUGCCCAACAGAUCUAACACACAGCAGGGCUGGGCCUGUCCGUCCUGUACGUACAUUAAUAAGCCCACGCGUCCAGGCUGUGAGAUGUGCAGCGCUGACCGGCCAGAAAAUUACACUGUACCCGGAGGAUACAGACCAGACGCACUGGAGCUGCGGAGAAUCCAGCAGGAGAAAGAGGCUAUCAGACAGUAUCAGCAGGCACAAGAAGCAGAGCGCAGAGAGAACUACGCUCGGCUGGUACAGAUGGAUGGGCAGGAGCUGGUGCCGAACCCAGAGAGCGUGGAGUGCAGGAUCUGCUACCUGCAGCUCCAGCCAGGAGAGGGCGUCCUGCUGCGGGAGUGUCUUCACUGCUUCUGCAGAGAAUGCCUGCGUUCAGUGAUCCUGCUCUCCGAGGACCCUCAGGUGGCCUGUCCGUACCGAGACGAGGCGUACGCAUGUGACUGCGUCCUGCAGGAGCGAGAGAUCCGGGCUCUGGUUUCAGGUGAAGAGUACGAGCGCUGGCUGCAGAGGGGGCUGUCUGUAGCCGAGUCUCGCUGUGAGGGUAGUUAUCACUGCGCCACCACGGACUGCCCCGGCUGGUGUGUGUAUGAGGACACGGUCAACACCUUCCACUGCCCCGUCUGCACCAAACACAACUGCCUGCUCUGCAAGGCUAUUCAUGAAGGAAUGAACUGUAAACAGUACCAGGAUGAUCUGGCUGCUCGCGCCAUCAACGACACGGCAGCCCGGAGGACCCGGGACCUGCUGAAGACUCUGGUCAGGUCUGGUGAGGCGAUGCACUGUCCACAGUGUGGCAUCAUUGUGCAGAAGAAGGAGGGCUGUGAUUGGCUGCGCUGUACCGUCUGUCACACAGAGAUCUGCUGGGUCACCAGAGGCCCUCGCUGGGGUCCAGGGGGACCAGGAGAUACGAGCGGAGGCUGCCGGUGCAACGUGAACAAACAAAGAUGCCACCCAAAGUGCCAGAACUGCCACUGAUGGAGGGGAAGGAAAAAGAGAGGGAUGGGAGAAAGGGAGGGUAUCGGGGGGGGGAAAGAAGCCAAAGCUUAAACCAAAGCUGAACGUCUGUUACGUGACGGAUACACGAUUAAAGCAAUAGAACUGAAUGAAAUGCACUUUUCCACACACUGCACAUAUCCUCAGACCUACGUCUAUCUCCUGUUACACUUCUACUACACUGAUAUGAAGUAUUAACACACAUUAGUGCCUUUCCUCUGUGUGACUCUUCCUUAUCUCAGAACCACUAAAAAGAACCAUAGAACCAGACUGGGAUUUAUAUGCAUCCGUACGCGAUAUGGACAAAAGUAUUGGGAUACCCUCACUUUGGCCACUUUACACACUUUACAGUGUGAACUCAGGCAAUUUCAUAUUUUAUCUGCUCAACUUAAUUUAUUAUCGUAUUUUUCACACUAUAAGGUGCACUUAAAAUCCUUUAAUUCUCCCAAAAAUCAUCAGUGUGUCUUAUAAUCAGGUGCUCCUUAUGUAUGAAUUAUAUCAGUCAGGUAUUAAGGAGCAGUAAAGCCACUCGGCUAAAGUACAGAGUUAUACAGGAGUUUCACUUUAGCUCUCCAGAAGAAUUAGCAUUUGCUGCUCAACGUUCAGAGGUGAGUGUAUCGGACUGUAGCCUGCUGCUAACCCCGGCUAGCACUGCUGGAGCAGCAUUAGCAUUACCCGCUAACCAGUGCAGAGGUGAGUAUUAUUGGACUGUAGUUUGAGGGGCACUUAGUUUAGCACUGUCCGGCUGCAUUAGCCGCUAACCGCUAGUGGAAAUCUGGACUUUAAAUAAACGAAAGCGCUUUACUCACCCAAAGAAACCAUUUUCAGGAGAUAAAUCUGUGUAGAGUAACAUCCAGCACUCGUUUGACUUUAAAAGAAAAUGUGUUUUUUUUUUAGAUUGACAGUUUUGUUUACUUAAGAACUUAUUCCAUCGUUUUUCAUGUGGUCUCUAGUAUGAAUAAAUGCCAUAUGAGCUGUUUUUUGUUGAAAAAAGUGCUCCAGUGAUCCGGUAUAACGCUGCUUUAGUCCGGUGGAGGCGUGGGCUACUGCAGACAGUGGGGGUUGAGGAAGAGUUUCAUGUGCAGCAUCAUAAACAACUCAGAGCGACCUACUGUAUUUCAUAAACAACAAGAACAAGUGGAUUUUAGCGGAAGGACACCUUUAACUUAGCUUAGCUUUAUAGCUGAAUUAGAAGAAAAACAUAGCAAUGCCCCUGUUCCCUACUAGUAUCACAUAAUGUGACAUAUAAUCCAGUGCGUCUUCUAGUGCGACAAUUACGGUAAUAUACAUCAUUUCCUGCAUUUCAGACCUGCUACACAUUCCUAAUACAGUUAGCACCUGGCAAUUCAGGGCUAGUAAUUUGGUAAAAUAUUCUGAAAAACUAAAUUACAAUUUCAAACAGGUGAUGUCAACACAUGAUUUCAAUCAUAGGUUGGUAUAAAAUUAGUCAGUACACUUCUGUUAUACAUUGAGACCCAUCCAGGGACGUCCAAGCUUUUUCCAACAAGACAAUACAGUGCAAAACCACAUGCUGCACACAUUACAAAGGCAUGACUGUGGAGGAAGAGGGUAAUGGAGAAUUUUUGAAGUAGGGUACGCAUUCUUCUGCCGGUCUGAAAUGCAGGAAGGGAUGUAGUUUAACAAAUAAAAUUAGGUUGAUCAGACAAAACUUCUUACUGUCUGCGAUGAAAUAAUAAAUCAAAUUGUAUAAGCAUGUUGGUUAUAUCGUCGCUGUCCUAUGAAAAAAAAACGUAUCUCCAUUUUUGUUGAUUUUGAAUUUACUACAUAAUUUGAACAGACAAACUGUCCCUUACUAUGUGCUAAAAUUUCUUGAUGAACAAACCAAUAGAAAUACUUCAAAAUGAUCUGAAAUAAACUCUUUUUACAUUGACUUCCAUUGACAUUUUACAAGGUUUUUUCUCUCUCCUCUAAAGUUGCUGUUUUGGAGAUAAUUGUUUUUCAUUGGACAGUGACGAUAUGUUCUUUUCUGAUUGGGGCUGUAAAUCCACAGAUAUUAGUAUGGAGUUUGUCCCCCUUUGCAGCUCUAACAACUUCCACUAUUCUGGGAAAGCUUUCUAUAAGGUGUUGAAGCGUACCUGUGAGAGGUUUAGCUUGGCUUACAUUCAUCUUUUGUUCAAGUUAAUUUAUAUUAAAGGUAUAUGACAGAGUUGAAUUCAGGAAUCUGUGUUGAAAAUGCCUGUCGAUAAUGUCUUGCUACAAUUAAGUAAUAAUAUUUCCCUUUACUGGAACUAAGGAUCCUAUCAGCCCGUUAGCAUUAUCCCUCCUCCGCCAAACUUUACAGUUGGCACACAGUGCAGCCGGACAUGUUCUUCUAGCCAAACCAAGACUUAUCAGUCUAAUCAGUGGUUCAUCUUUUAGCAGGCAGCAGCUUGGAAUAAAACUAUGCCAUAAAGCUCCUGAUAUACAGAUUUUUUGCUGAUUUUAAUAUCACUUGAAGCAACCCUGUUUUUAGACAAUUAAUUGUUGAGUUGCUUUGGUUCUUAGACGCUUCCACAGUUUAAUACAAACCAAUUAUAGCUAACGGUGGAAUAUUAUCUAGAUCAGGGGUGUCCAAACUUUUUUUUAUUGGGGGCCAGAAGGAGAAAUAUAGUUAAAGUCACGGGCCACAGACUCUGUAAUAAAACAAAUAAUGAAAUAUAGCACUUUAAAUAAUACUUUUUUCCUGAUUAUUUCAUUUACACACCAUUUUACUUGACUAACUGUCUUUAUCUUUGACAGUGUUGCGUAAACUAAGAUUUAUCAAAUUGAUGUUUAAUUUCAUGAUGUCUCUUAAUAUUAAACUCCUUAAUUACGGCAACUUUUAGACUCUUUGGUCCGUUUUUUUUUUUUUGCUAGAAAUGCUCACUCUCUCCGCUUUUAGACUCUUUGGCCCGUUUUUCUGCGCUAGAAAUGCGCACCCUCUCCGCUUUUAGACUCUUUGGCCUGUUUUUCUGCGCUAGAAAUGCGCGCACUCUCCGCUUUUAGACUCUUUUGCCCGUUUUUCUGCGCUAGAAAUGCGCACCCUCUCCGCUUUUAGACUCUUUGGCCUGUUUUUCUGCGCUAGAAGUGCGCACUCUCUCCGCUUUUAGACUCUUUUACCCCGUUUUUCUGCGCUAGAAAUGCGCACCCUCUCCGCUUUUAGACUCUUUGCUCUGUUUUUCUGCGCUAGAAAUGCACACUCUCUCCGCUUUUGGACUCUUUUACCCAGUUUUUCUGCGCUAGAAAUGCGCACCCUCUCCGCUUUUAGACUCUUUGGCCCGUUUCUGACACCUAGUGUUCAAACUUUAAAUCUCACAUUAUAAAAACCUGCUUAACAGCGGGCCAACUUUCAUUCUAUAUCUAAAAUACCUCGCGGGCCGCUCCAAAAAAGGAAACGGGCCGCAAAUGGCCUGCGGGCCGUAGUUUGGACACCCCUGAUCUAGAUUAUCUGACUUGUUUCAGUGGCGCCAUCCUAUUACAGUAUUACAAUGGAGUUUAGUGAGCUCUUAAGCUCCACCCACUCUGGACUGAAUGAAACACCUGAAUUCAGUGAUUAAGAGGCGUGUCCCAAUACUUUUAUCCAUAUAGACCUGUUCACACCUGAUGACUGACAAAACAUAUUGCCAUAUUCACACCUAGCAUUUUUAAUAUAUCUCCUGUGAUCGGAUUGCUUGUGAUUAGAUUUCUGGGAAAAGGAGAUGGACAGAGUCCUCGGUUUGAAUCCAGGUGAUGCGGCUAGCUUCAUUGUGUUCUAGCCACGAGUAUCACCUUUAUCCAUUAGCUUGUUAUUGUAGCAUGCUCAGCUAACUACUCCAGACGGUGGACGGUGUGUUUAGGUAGGUGCAAUAACAGGAUUCAUGUGGGCGGAGCUUAGCUGUCAGGUACACGUUACAUAGAACCCUUAACUAGACCUUCUGUUCUACACCAGAUCUCACAACUAUGAUCUCCCAGUCUCUUCAGAGACAGCUUUAACCAGAGCUACACAACUGAAGAUUUAGAAAUAUGGAAGAGAUUCCAGUGAGAUUCCUCCUCAGAGCUCCUCAGGAUGACUGGGUUUAACCCUAUUUUGUGCCUUAUGGUGUAUCAGCGAGUCGAGGAUUAUGUCUAUUUUUACUGUAGAUAUUUUUGUAGCACUUCCUAAUAUGACAUUAUUUCUAAUAAUUUAAUGUAAACCUUAAGCUUAUGUGAUUUAACAAGCUGAAAAUAAAGGUGGACAACAUGAA